AUGAAUUUCGCUAUUCCCCGCAAACAAAAAUCAGCUGCGUUGUUAGUCGCCCACGAACGUCCAAAUGACAUCAAAGCGGUCAUUUCUCGCGGCGGCAGACCCGAUUUGGUCAGUUCCGAAAUUCUUAAAGAAAUACCCACACCAACUUUAUUUAUCGUUGGAGGAAAUGACCCUGCAGUGCUGGGCUUGAAUGAAAAAGCAUUAAAGGAUUUAGGUAGUCAAAUAAAGCAACUAGAAGUUAUUCAAGGAGCAUCUCACUUGUUUGAAGAAUCAGGUUGCCUUGAAAAAGUAGCAGAUCUUGCAGCUCAAUGGAUUAAACAAUUCUUGACAA